AUGUCCAUUGAGGACGACGACGAUGUUGAUGAAGAUGCCAACAAUAAACCGGAAGGAAGCAAGAUUGCAAAAGAAAGAAAGAAGAGGAAUGUAUUCGGUGGCACUUACAAGGAUGAACUUGUGUCAAUGAUCGAGACGAAGGUGUUGGCGGCCGAACACAAAGAAGAAAAGGUGGCGAGGUGGAAUGAGCUCAAGGCCUUCGAGGAUGAGAAGUGGAAGACCAAGAUGGUGGCCGAAGAGAGAAAGUUGAAGGCCGAGGAGCCCAUUCAAUUCGGCAGCUCCUCACGCGCGCACACACACAAUAUAUACAGUAGUCUCACUCGUCACACAUCUCACCCACCCCACCCCACACCCUCACCCUCACCAAAUCCUCUUCCUCUAGCUAGCAAAGCUCAUCACCACCACCACCAACAAGCAAAAAACACUCAUCCAUCCAUCCGUCACCAGAUCGAGCCAAGAAAGAUCCAAGAAAUUUCCAAAUUGAGGACCAAAGGAGAAGAAUUGUUGUCCAUCUCUUCUUCCAUCGCUCCACUCACCUUCUUGAUCUCCAGCUCGCUCUUGGAGCAGCAGCAACUUCGAUUAGUUGGAGCAAGAACCUCCCAUGGAGCUGUUCCCCCGGCAGCCGGACCUGGCGCUGCAGAUCAGCACCGCCAGCUCCUCCUCGCCGCCGGCCGCCCCGACGGACAGCUGGGGGAGGCCGGACGCCGCCGGCACCACCGGCAUGGAUCACUUCAGCCACCACCUAGGGUUUCUGCGAGCCAGUCAGCCAGUGCCACCGACAUCGCCAACAAAGAUGCCACGCCGCCGUCGGCAUGGACGCCGCUGCCUUCCGCCGCCACCGCAGCGAGCUACUCCAACCACAUCAGCAACCACUACCACCACCGGAUGAACGCCUUGCUCAAGCCUAUAAGAGGGGUUCCCAUCUACCACCACCCCUCCUUCCAGCAGCUCCAGCACCAGCACAUGGCCAUGGCCUACCGGAGCAGCGGCGGCGGCUUCUUGUCGUCGAGGUCGAGGUUCCUGCCCGGGCGGCGGAGCGGGAGGGCUCUGAGGAUGCGGUGGACGACCACGCUGCACGCGCGAUUCGUGCACGCCGUCGAGCUCCUAGGGGGGCAUGAGAGUAUGUACAUAUGCAGAUUUUGUUACUAGCUAUAUAUGACUGGUUGUGCUUAAUUUGCAACAUCAUUAGUCUCCAUUGUUGAGUCAACCAUGGUCUCGGACGCAUGCAUGCUGCACCAACGGGCAGUACCUUCCUUGGCCUGUAAGGAAGUGGUACUUACCUAGCAAUUUCCUAGUGAGUUUCCUUAGCCGGUGCAAGAGACUUGACCGGAAGUCUUGGUGUGGUAAGUACGUGGUAGUUUCGAGUGUGAGUGCUGAGCACCUCCAGCCGGGCCUAUAUAAAGGACCCCAGGUCCUUCGGUUGUAAUAAGGCCAUUUCAUUUAUAUCCAGCGCCAGAACAAAGAAGCAAGCUAGCUUCUGUAGCGUAAGUAGUAGUAGUGCUAGUACAGCUCUAUCACUUGUAUCUGUGUUUGAGUCCAGAAUAUAGCAAGUGUGUGCUACUAGUUCGUGCUAGCCAUUUUACUCUGCUGUGAUCAAUCCUCGGUACCUAGCUACUCUAUAGUUUGGGCUGACAAUUGGCAUCAGAGCCUCAAGUUAUGCCAAAGCAUAUGCCGAAAGGAGGCGUCGCCGACGACGGUUCCAAGACCGCUGAGCAGAGCUCGGCUAAGGACACCUGUGCGGCGGACGCGCUCGCGGUGCGAGGCAGGCCGGGAGGUGAGCUGGGUGCACCACGCUCCGUGCGAGACGUGGGCAUGUCCAGUGCCUCCUUCCCUCUCCUCACGCGGACCAACUAUCCCAGUUGGUCCGUCCUGAUGAAAGUCAUCAUGGAGGCGCGGCAUGUGUGGAAAGCCGUGGAAACCGGCGAUGUCGAGUACGAGGAGGACCGGCUGGCGAUGGAGGCGAUCUUGCGCUCCGUCCCAACGGAGAUGGUGCUCACCCCUUGGCGCCAAGAAGACGGCCAAGGAAGCAUGGGACACCAUCAAGACUCUGCGCAUUGGUGUGGAGCGCGUACGGGAGUCGAAGGCCCAGACCUUGCGCCUCCAGUACGAGGAGAUCCGGUUCAAGGCCGGUGAACAAGUCGACGACUUCUCCUUGCGGCUGCAAGGUCUCGUCACCAAGCUCGCAACGCUCGGAGAUCCCAUCGACAACAAGAUGGUGAUUCUCAAGUUUUUCCGCGUUGUCCCCACGCAGUACAAGUAACUGGCCUGGUCCAUCGAGAGCUUGGUGGAUCUCUCCACCAUGACGAUCGAGGAGCUGGUAGGGCGACUCAAGGUCAUCGAGGAGCGCGGAGACGAAGCCAACAACCGCGCCGCCGGCGAACUACUGCUCACCUGUCAGCAGCGCGGCCACGACGGCUCUUCCCGCAGUGGGGGAGGCGCCCCCACGGGAAGCAGAGGUCGCGACAGAGGCGGAGGCCGCACCCAGAGCGGUGGCGGCAACCGCGGUCGCAAGCCAAGCCAGGCAGGGCGAGGCACUGGCAACGGUGGCAAGUGCCGCUACUGCAACAUGCCAGGUCACUGGAUCCGGGAUUGCCGCAGGAGGAAAGCCGACGAGGCAGCCGCAGCAACGACAAACCUUGUCCAGGCUGACGUGGCCGGCGGGCCGGCAAUGAUGCUGGCAAGAGUCGAGCCCGUGCAGGAGAGCACAGCGUCUCUCACGACCACGGCUCUGACAACCACCCAUUCCGUGUAGGAGGCACGAAACCCGUCCACGGGAACCAUCACUCCAGUGAUAGGCCACACCUCGACAACGACGUUUUCGGGGCCUGUCAACUGGGAGGCGAUGAAGGCUCGGGUGUGGGGGAGCCACACCCCGGCGACGGCAUCCCCGAACUCGGGACCCGACGGGGUCGCGCAAGUUGGCGCGGCAACGACGCAUAUGGCGGACCAUGCUCCGACCAUGAUGCUGGCGACCAUCGACUCCGUGCAAGAGCGCACGGAGACUCAGGUCAGCCACACCCUGACAACAAAGUGUUCGAGGUCCACCGUGUUGACGGGAGAUGGUUCCCUGACAACGGCAUGUGCGUGCGGCUACGUCUUCCUCAAUGAGGAGAGAGCCGUGACCACACCCACGCUUGCAGGCGGCAAGCAAAGUGAGGGUUGGUUCCUCGACACCGGCGCAACGAACCACAUGACUGGUUCGAUCCACGCGUUCGCGGAGUUGGACCGCUUGUUGGCACUAGGUCCCGAUAUACGUCGCACUACUCGUAGACAAGUACUUUCCGUCGGAGUCGUGGACGUGGAUCGAUUCUUGGCUUGAAGACGUACGUGGAAAGCUAGCUAGUUGAAACUAGCAAUUAGCCGGCGGCUACGUACAAGUCGCCGGAAACACAGACGAGAGUUGAUGGCUAAAGGCCCGUGACGUGCCUUUGUACUUUAUUGCUUUGAUUUGAUCUGAUUACAGGCAUAGGGUACAGCUAUAUUUAUACUAGUACAAAGCUAGCUAACCCAAACCUACUCGGAUGAUUGCACCAAGUCCGUGCCGGACUGGUCUGCCGUGGUUGAUUCCAACAAUCACCCCCAACCACGAUGUCCUCACUUCACAGCUUGGACGCCGAUCCUUCCCCGCAUCUCCGUGAACUUCUGUCGCCCCAAAGACUUGGUCAGGAUAUCUGCAAGCUGAUCAUCGGUGCAAAUGUAGUUGACUUCAAUCUUCCCUUCUUCCACGCAAUCCCGUAUGUAGUGAUACCUUAUAUCAAUGUGCUUACUUCUAUCAUGAUGCACUUGAUUCUUACAUAGAGCAA